UUGUUGUUACUUAUUGUCCUUUUUUGCAUAUGUAGUGCUCUAUAUUAGUUUAAAAUGAUUCUGUUAGUUCUGUGGUAAUGUAUGAAUUCGAACUCUGCCCGCCUAUAGAUUCAUUGAGGGAAACGAUCAUCAUUAAAUCCGAACUGAAAUGGCGCUGAACUUGACCCCAGAAAUUGUAAUGCACGAAAAUCAUGGUGUACUUCUGACAUUUUUUGAUGAACGCAUGCAAAGAGAUGGCAUUGAGAAAACUGCAGAAAUGCAGCAACUACUGGACUCAGAGGCGGCCAAAACGCAAAAGAUGAGACUCUACAAAGAGCAUGCUCGCAAGUUGUUAGUGAUAGCAGAUGAAAUAGACAGCAAGUCCAGUGUAACGAUGCAAGAUCUUGUCAGCAAAAUUCCUCCUGAUGCAGAAAGAGAAAUAUUAAUACAGGUCGCCCAAAAAAUACUGUCAGAAGAUAUCACAUGGGGCAAGAUAGCAGCUUUGUUUUUAUUCACCUACAAAGUUUGUAUACGGGUUAUAGAUGGAUUUUCUCUCAUCAAAAAUGUCAUCAACAUAAUUCUUGACUUUAUGGCUUCUCGCGUUGUCAGUUGGAUAAUUCAGAAAGGCGGAUGGAAAGCUAUUCAAGAAAACACGAUCAGACCAACUAUAUACAGGAUGAGCAUUGGAAUUAUCUUCUUGUCUGUUGGUGUAACUCUUCUGUUCUUGUACCGGAAAUAACACCAGGACACAGUCUUAUAGUCAGUCAUAAGACAUAAAAAUUGAAAUCUAGGCAGGCAACGAGACAAUUUUAAUUCGUUCCUUUUAAAAAAAUAUCUAAAUCAAAAGUUUAAAAAAAAAAUAGACGUUGAGUUUUAAGUAUAGUUUAUGCAUAGCCUACAAUUCCAAAUAUUCCCUAACCUUGUAUCAAUCAAACAUUGUUGUUUAUUUAUAUUUUGGGGAACAUUGAGAAAUGAAAUGUCUGAAUCUCAACAUUUUUUAAUCAUGUAUAAAGUAAAGUGAAGCUCCCCUUUCAGACCUUGCGAUCUAUAGGGCAGAUGAUGUUUUUUUUUGACCAACUGUUAACGAGCAAGGUGUCAUAUGGCUAGCACAAUGACCAACCGCCCUUACUUUCCCCAACUAGCGAGGCACCCGUUAGAGUUGGGUGGACUCCGGUGUGCCCUAAAAAUCCCGAUGAUCGCACGACUAAGGUGAUUUUUUUUUUGACGAGCUAGAAGGGGGACUGCGUAAAGAGGUGCCCCCCCCCCCACCGCCCAGAAGAGAUACAAAGAUCAAAUUAGGCUUCAUUUCGUUCUCACUGGCAUAAGGAAAGGCAGAUGGCCUCUGAAAAAGGUUGCAGGAUAUAUACAGUGGUAAGCUUAAAAGAAAACCCCCAUAGUCUGCAUUAGGUUUUGGCUAAGUAAGCAGGUCACAAUUGGGUUUGCGUGGUCACGUGAAAUACUGCACUCAUCCUUAAACUUCGGAAUCGAAGACAAUGCUGUAUACGGCUUAUAGAGUCUCGAUUUAAAUUAAGACCUUUUUUUAAAAAAAAAGAUAAGAUGUAUAGAUGUAUGACUAAGUUUCAUCAAGACCUUUUUAAAAAAAAAAAAGAUAAGAUGUAUAGAUGUAUGACUAAGUUUCAUCUAUGGUGGAAAAAAACUAUAAAUAGCUAGCUUUUAUUUUGUGAACACUAAAGUAAGUGUUGAUAAGUUACGUUUUUUUUUAAAGUCAUGUGAUAAUUUUUUAGAAACAAAAUUUGCAAAAAGCUUCUACGUUUGUAGCUCAUUUUAUUUUAAUUUUAGUUGGCAACAUUCAAGUUCAAUUUAGUGUCCUUGACAUUGGUUAGUUAAAUGGGAUUCUCUCCAGUAGGAGACAAACAAGUAACAAAAAAAAAUAAAAUUAAAAGACUAUUCCUCCUUUAAUUAAGCAUUGUAUGACUCUUUUUUCUACGGCAAUUAUUUUACUCUUAAUAAAUAAUGAGUGAUAGAUUUAAAAAUAAUGAAAUAUUUUUAUUCUGCCUCAAAUUCCCUAAUUACAUCAUCAGUCGAAUUUCUAGGAAAGUUUUUUGAGAACUGUGUCCACCCAGGUUGCACCCUUUUUGUUUUUUGAUGACCCUAUGAAGAGUUUGUCACCCGAAAAGAGGAAUUGUGAAAACUUUCCUACUCUUCCGUUCUCUCUCCAAACCAAGUAACCUAAUUAGAUUUCAGGCAUGUAGUUUAAUUCAAAAAUAAAUUGUAAAUCUGGUGGGACUGUAUAUAAGUAUAUAGCAGAGUCGUACAUAUUUAAAUUUAUAUUCUAAAGUAACAUAGAAUAGUACAUUUACUUAGAAAAUAUACUUUAUCUUAUAAAUUAAAGGAAAGAAAAGAUAUUUAGUCCUACGCGUGUACCUAUGUUAAUCCAGGCGUGCUUGUUCAUUCAUUGUUAUGGAUUGUGCAUGUGUGUGUUACUAUGGUGACGGUGAGAAGAAGCUAGCGAUUGGCUGGUGGCUAUAAAGUGUGAAUGCUGCCAGAUAAGCGGCAGAGCUGUAAGCUUUCUUGGUUUCGAAAGACGUCAGAAAGAUGCCAGAGUGUAAAGACGUGUUUUUGUAGUGAGUUAGAAUUUUUGCUUACAAUACCAUUUCAUAUUAUUACUAAAGUGUACUACAUAUAUUUCAUCUCAAGUUGAAUUGUCUAUAUUGUAAUAAAAGUUUUAUUUAGUUUUGUUCACAAGAA